AUGAGCAGCUUUGGACAGGUCCUGAAGGAUGUCGGGGAGUUUGGUUUGUUUCAGAAAAGCUUACUCGUUGCGUUAUGCAUACCCAGCAUAUUCCCGGCAUUCGACGUGACCAGCCAGGUGUUCACUGGAAUGAGCUAUCCGCAUCACUGUAACACUGACUGGAUCUUGGAGAAAGGGCCAAACCUAACAGAGGAGAGACAAAAAAAUCUCACCAUCCCUGUAGACCAGGAUGGACUGUUUGAAAGGUGUGAAAUGUUCACUCCUGUGGAUCUGGAUCUGGAAACGAUUGAAGAGUAUGGCCUUAACAGCACAACUGGAUGCAUCAGUGGUUGGGACUAUGAGGCUCCACAUGGAGUUUCCACCCUUGUGACAGAAUUUGACCUAGUCUGUGGCAAAAGUGGGUUAAUAGAAGCAUCCCAGUCAAUCUUCAUGGCAGGUAUUCUUGUUGGAUGUUUGGUGUUUGGUGCAAUUUCUGACAGGUUUGGCAGAAGAUGCGUAAUCCUGCUUUCAGUUUUCAUCCUACUGUUGUUCACUUUGAUGACGGCUUUUUCACCAAACAUCUACGUUUAUAUAGUUUUUAAAUUUAUAUGCGGUAGUUCAAGUGGUGUCAUUGUAAUGAACACAUCUAUCAUGGCGGUGGAAUGGACUGAUCCUUCAAAGUCUGCUCUUUGCACAGUGUCCAUCAUUGCUUUCUUUUCACUCGGACAGACGCUUUUGUCCGGUAUUGCCUAUUUAACAAAUAACUGGAGAAUCCUGCAACUUGCACUCUUUAGCCCUCUUAUUAUAAUCCUGGUGAUCUUGUUCUGGUUUCUCCCAGAAUCCUUUCGAUGGCUGAUGACACAGGGCAGGAAGGAGGAGGCUCUAAAGGAGCUCAAGAAGGCAGCCAAAGUUAACAAAAGAACUGUACCAGAUGAUCUACUAGAUAAGGUUGACAUGGAGACUACUGUGGACAGAAAGAACAUGCUUGAUAUUUUCCGAAUCUCAUAUUUGAGAAAACGCACUUUAAUAAUGAGCUUUAACUGGUUUGCUGCAAGCUUCCUGUUUUAUGGGCUGAGUUUAAAUAUCGGGAGUUUCGGCUUAAAUAUCUACCUCACACAGCUCAUCUUUGGGUUUGUUGAAAUUCCUGCCAACCUGACUGGUUUGACUUUGAUUCAGCGCUACGGGAGGAAAAUGUGUGAAGCAGGUUUCCUGUUUUUUGGAGGAGCAUCAUGCUUGGUUGCCACUGCUGUGCCAAGAAACCUACCUGCGGUGGUGACAGUCAUUGCUAUGGUGGGAAAGUUUGCUGCUACAGCUGCCUUCAGUACAGCCUAUGUCUAUACAGCUGAAUUAUACCCGACUAAUAUCAGGCAUAGCGGCAUGGGUGUGAACUCCAUGUGUGCUCGUGUGGCCGGCAUCCUCUCACCACUGGUCAGGCUCUUGGAAUCCUACCAUUACAGCAUUCCCAUGGUGGUUUAUGGCCUCAUCCCCAUGGCUGCUGGCUGUUUCUGUUUGCUGCUACCAGAAACUCUUAACGUUGAACUCCAGGACCACAUUGAUCUCAAAAAAUUACCAAAGGAACCAGAGGGACAUCAAUGCCUCGACGAAGGAAUUGAGGAUAAACUAUGAAUUUUAAUUUAAAUUAAAAACUGUAAUUUGUUUAACUUUUUAAACAAGCUUUGUUUAAAAUGAGGUGAAA